GCCGCGGCGAAACAGAAACGGACCCGGCAAUAAAAACCUCGGAGCAACACGCGACGAACACCAACAGGUACUCCUGAGUCCCGGCGGACCCAAAAACUGGUCCUGGGUGCCAUAAACGGUCAGUAGGGACCAACCUACUGGUCAUCCGGACUAAAGUUAGAGCGGCCCGAGCUAUAUAUAGUCCUCGGACAGGGAUACCUACACUAGUAGUGGCGGAGCUACUAAAAAGAUUGAACGGAUUUUUUCUCAUGGAAACUUAAGGCAAGUCAAGGGCGGCUGUGUAUAUGUAAACAGUGACCCAUUCCGAGUGAAAAUGGCCAGUUGUAGGCUGAGUGGCGGACUACUGGUGGCUGGCGUGCUGGUUUGGGCCGUGCAGCUGUGUUGCCUGGUGCGGCAGACGUCGGGAGGGUUCGACUUGAACAUGUUCGCGGCGCAGCAGAGCCCGCCCGACCCGUGCUACGACGAGAACGGGAAGCCCAGGAGAUGCAUUCCAGACUUCGUCAACGCCGCGUUUGGAAAAGAGGUGAAGGCGUCGAGCACCUGCGGCACGCCGGCGAGUCGUUACUGCACCCUGACGGGCAACUCGGCCGACGCAGCCGCCGCCGGUGGCGGGGAGUCGUCAGCGGAGAGGGCCCGGGUCUGCCACGUCUGCGACUCCACCGUCCCGAAGCGCCAGCAUCCCCCGUCGUACCUCACCGACCUGCACAACCCCAACAACGUAACGUGCUGGCAGUCCGAGCCGUACAUCCAGUACCCCACCAACGUGACCCUCAUGCUGUCUCUCGGGAAGAAGUUCGAGCUCACGUACGUCACCUUACAGUUCUGUUCCCUGCGGCCCGAGUCCAUGAUUAUCUACAAGUCCAUGGACUACGGCAAGAGCUGGGUGCCGUACCAGUUCUACAGCACGCAGUGCAAGAAGACGUACCAGAAGCCCAACCGCGCGCUCAUCACGAGAGCCAACGAGCAGGAGGCCAUCUGCACCGACGCGCACUCCGACAUAGAACCGCUGACGGGCGGGCGGGUCGCCUUCUCGACGCUCGAGGGGCGUCCGUCCGCCUUCAACUUCGACAACAGCCCGGUGCUCCAGGACUGGGUGACCGCCACGGACAUCAAGGUGGUCUUUAACCGGCUGAACACGCUUGGCGACGAGGCAGAGGAAGCCUCCCGGGACUCCUAUUACUACGCGGUGUCCGACUUCGCAGUGGGCGGCCGCUGCAAGUGUAACGGCCACGCGUCGAAGUGUGUCCAUGACCGAGAGGGGAGGCUGGCCUGCGACUGCAAGCACAACACCGCCGGGGACGAGUGCGACCACUGCAAGCCCUUUCACUACGACAGACCCUGGCAGAGGGCGACGGCACGGGACGCUAACGAAUGUAUAGCGUGCAACUGUAACCUGCAUGCCCGCCGCUGCCGGUUCAACAUGGAGCUGUACAAGUUGUCGGGGCGGAAGGGUGGCGGCGUGUGCCUGAACUGUCGGCACAACACGGCCGGACGCCACUGCCACUACUGCAAGGAGGGCUUCUACCGCGACGAGUCCAAGCCCAUCACACACCGCAAGGCCUGCAAAGCCUGUGACUGUCACCUUGUGGGGGCCUCCGGUAAGACAUGCAACCAAACCACGGGCCAGUGUCCGUGCAAGGAUGGCGUAACUGGCCUGACCUGCAACCGGUGCGCCAAAGGCUUCCAGCAGAGUCGAUCGCCCGUUGCCCCCUGCAUAAAGAUCCCAAGAGGGCCGACGAGUGUGCCAAGCCCAGUCUAUCCCAAACCAGGUGAACGGUGUCCGGAAUGCCAAGGAGCGAAGAAAGUCAACAGGAAAAACUACUGCAAGUCAGGCUAUGUUAUCAUGUGCAGCAUAAUGUCCAGGGAGAUCCUGGGAGAAUGGACGAAGUUCACCAUAAACGUUGGGACUAUAUUCAAACGCGAGCAGAGCUUGAAGCUUCGACGGGGAGACCAGUACAUGUACGUGCGGCAGUCCGACCUGCAGUGCAAGUGCCCCAAGCUUCGUCUCGGGCGGAAAUACCUGCUGAUGGGUUCUGUGGACAGUAACAACAACAGAGAGGGCCUGACCCUGGACUACAGAAGUACGGCCAUACCCUGGAGGAACAGAUGGGGCAAGAGACUGCGACGGCACCAGAGACGCCAGAAGGACGGCAAAUGUUGAUUCAAUCUUCCUGCCAUGUGGAAACUCUUUUUUUUUCUUCUUCUUCUUCUUCGACACUUUUCUCUUGGACAAAAAAAAACUGAGUAAUGCCUGGAUAGGACCAGUGUGUAUGGCAAACCUACGUGUAUGUCAGAACUUCACACACAGAUUGAGGAUAACAGCGGAACUCUCUCGGACUGCGUUUGAUUCGGCAGAAACAUGGGACAACACCAGACAGUGCUUGUUCAUAGCGUUGUCAACGACAAAAUACAGGAGGCACAUUUGUGUUAUCUUGCAAAAGUUUUCUUUUUUUUGUUGGAACAUAUCAGAGUAGUUUAAAAGCUGCACUUCGAAUUGCUCUAGUGGAAGGUAUGCCGCUGUCUAGUAUAAACAGGACGAAGCCACGAUUUUGUUGUUCCAAUUAUAAACAAAAUUCCGCAGCAGUUGUAACUAAAGUCCGAGUCAUUUUCUUUCACAACUCCACUCCACUUGUUUCAGAUACUUUUUUGUUUAUAAAUAUUAUAUAUUCAUCAGGCACUGUGCUGGCUAUUGUUGCAUCAAAUCCAACAACUUUUUUUUCAUCUCAAUUUAUUUCAAAAUUUUGUACUGUAGAAACCAUGACCAGUGCCAUGCUUGGAAUUUCUAACAAAAACACCACAAGACUCUGCAAUUUUUUUUGGCGAAGCCUCAGGGGCGGAGGCGUUUUCCUAGCUGUAAUUAUUCUUGAGGUUGGUAUUCAUGAAGACACGGAAGACUGUAACUGAUGAUGGCUAAGUAUAAAAAAACUAGAGUAAGGAAUAUUUAUAAUAUGAAGAAAUAAUAACAAGUAAUGCUACCAUCGAGCAAUAAUUCUUGUUUUAUUUGUAUUGUACUAAUGACAAAAAUAGCAACAACUUGCAAGUGUACGUAUAUGGAUGGAUGUGUGUAAGUGACUUGAUGUCCUUGUACAAAGCUAAGGCUUGUAAUAACGUUUCACAAGUUCCGUAGGCUUAGAGAGAAAGUCGUUCGUGUACAUGUGGUAUUUUUCUCUUCAUUCUUGUUGCCAAUUCGUAGUAUGUAGAUAAAUGCUAUACUCGCUAUUUAUUACAUCUUAUAACCCUCCCAACGGGGGGUAUAAUAUUCUAAAAAAAAACAAUGUUGUCACUGUUAAAAGAUCCUGUCUAUUAUAUUAUAAGGAUGGGUGAGGAGAGUCUGUAUCUCCAUCAGUAUUUGCCCCUUGCUUUAGGCGUUCGUUGGUUUUGCCAGUGAGAUACGUACGAGACUGAAAGGCUGCUAGGGGGACGAUGUCGUUUCACUGUCAGUGACGUGUUUGUUCAUUCUAAUAUAACUGUGGAUUCUGUACAAACUAACCAAAAAACAAUGGAUUCAGAACUAUUAAAUGUAAAUUUAUGUACAAGA